UCUUUGUAUAUAGUCUUACACAAUUGUUCAAUAUUGUUUCAAUUUAAAUAUAUUAGAAUCAUCGUGUUAUAAUUUUGUUCGAUUUAAAUUUAGAUUAUUCUUACUUAAACCAUGGCUAACUCUGUAUAUGAUACUUAUGUAUCUCCUCUUUCGACAAGAUAUGCGUCAACAGAAAUGAAAUACAAUUUUAGUGACAGGAAAAAAUUUACCACAUGGAGAACUCUCUGGACUUUGCUAGCCCAAGCUGAACAGGAAUUGAGACUGGACAUUACGAACAAACAGUUGGAAGAGCUGCGUAACAACAUUGACAAUGUGGACUUUGCGGCGGCCGCCGAAGAAGAAAAACUCACCCGACACGAAAUCAUGGCACACGUGCAUACGUAUGCCGCGUGUUGUCCGACCGCCGGACCCAUUAUUCACUUGGGCGCUACUGCACGAGACAUCGGAGACAACGCCGAUUUGAUAGUUUUGAGAGACGCUUUCGACAUACUGCUACCGAAACUGGCGGGUUGCAUGAAAACGUUGGGCGAAUUUGCAGAUAAGCACAAGAAACUAGCCACAUUGGGUUUCACACACUUUCAACCUGCUCAACUGACCACGGUUGGCAAACGCGCAUGCCUCUGGCUACAGGAUUUGGUUUUAUGCGAAAAAAACUUAAGCCGUGUCCGUACUGAACUCAAAUUUCGCGGAAUCAAAGGAGCCACCGGCACCCAAGCGUCAUUCUUACAACUUUUCAACGGUGACUAUGAAAAAGUCAGAGAAUUGGAUAACAGGGUAACAAAGCUUGCCGGAUUCUCAUCUUCAUACUCUGUCACAGGUCAGACAUAUCCUCGAAUUGUUGACGCAGAAAUUGUUGCAUCCUUAAGUAUUCUUGGGGCUGCUGUUCAUAAGAUGUGUACAGACCUAAGACUAUUGGCUGGCAUGAAUGAAAUUGGAGAACUUUUUGAACCUACUCAAAUAGGCUCAAGUGCAAUGCCUUAUAAACAAAAUCCAAGGAUAAGUGAAAGAGUUUGCUCUAUUACUCGAUAUCUAAUGAAUCUGGUUAACAACCCUUUAUCCACUGCCUCUGUACAAUGGUUAGAACGAACAUUGGAUGAUAGUGCAAAUAGGCAAUUGUGUUUAUCAGAAGCGUUUUUGGCUGCAGACAGUGUAUUAUUGACAGUUCAGAAUAUCUUCGAAGGGUUAUCUGUAUUUCCUAAAGUUAUAUCAAGAAAUAUUGAGAAAGUUUUACCCUUUAUGGCAACAGAAAAUGUAAUUAUUGCAAUGGUCAGAGCUGGAGGAGAUAGACAAGAGUGUCAUGAAAAAAUAAGAGUUUUAUCACUAGAAGCAGCCAGUACAGUUCGUCUUGAAGGUAAAGACAAUGAUCUUAUGAAUAGAAUUAUACAAGAUCCAUAUUUUGAACCAAUAAUAAAGGAACUACCAGAUAUUUUAAAUCCUCUUACUUUCAUUGGAUGUGCAUUCAAUCAAGUAACACAUUUUUUAAAAGAAGAAAUACAGCCUGUAGUCAACAAAUACAUUUUCAAAAUCAAAACUACAGCAACAAAACUGGAUAUUUAAUUCAUAACACUUUUUACUUAAUUUCACCAUAAUUUCAAAUUUCAAAGUUUUACUCUUUUUAAAUUAGUAAAUUAAAUGUAUAAAUAUAUAAUAUAGUAAAAUACUAAAAUAUGUUUCUAUUUAAAUGUUAUACUUAUACUUUAUCCAACCAUAAAACAUGAAAUUCUGCUCAUCUUUAUUUGACACCUGCCAUAGACACUAAUUAUAUUUAAGAAGAGUGUCUCGAUAAGAUAUGCAGAUUGCAGAUGUUUCAAUUUUUAUCGAGUCACAGUAUAUUUUCACAGUGUUAGACGAAA